AUGUCAAACAUCAAGGUCAAAUCGUACACCCCGAGCUGGCUGAGCAAGCCAGCUCCAGGGCACACUCUGUUCAAGGCUACCUCAGAAGACCUCGAUGCAUCCGUUUUCUCCCCCUACUCGUCCAACAAGAGGGCGAGACCUGGUCCGCGACGAACCAUCGCACGCCGUGGUACCGAGGUCUUUGUGGCAGUCAACCGAGAGAUACGAUGGGGCGACUUGGUGUACCUGAAGGAGUCCUGGGCGGAGAUGGGAGCCAGUACUCGCAUUAAGAGGGAGGAUUCAAACGGCUCUUUCUCUAUCUACGAUGAGGCACGAAACGACACCGAAGGCUCAGACGGCAGACCUGCUGAGGGCUACAGGAUUAUCAAGACUCCUGUGGCCGAUGAGAUCAGACAAAUCGUCGUCUCGCCCAACUCGAACUACCUGGCAGUUUUGACAGCCCACACCGUACAUAUCUGCGUUCUUCCCGACUCCUCACAUCUCACCGCGCCGGACAGCACCCCUCUGAAACCGAAGUUCUUCACGCUGGGACCAACGACUCACGUCACAUCAAAACCCGCGGUUAUGUCCGCGAUAUGGCAUCCUCUGGGUGUCAAAGGCACGUCACUUGUCACAGUCACGGAGGAUGCUGUCGUUCGAGUCUGGGAAGUCUCCCCCGCCGAUCGGUGGUCAUUUGACGCUCCAACGCUGUCCGUCGAUCUGAAGAAAUUGGCCAAUGGCGUCACUCUGGAUCAGGACUUCACAGCAUCCACGACGGCGACAAAUACCUCCUUCUCUCCCGACAUGUUCGACAUGGAGGUGGCGGCUGCAUCUUUCGCUGCCAGGGGCUCUGGGCUUUGGUCUUCAAUGACUCUGUACAUCGCCAUGAGGGGAGGCGACGUCUACGCGUUAUGCCCACUUCUUCCAGAGCUCUGGGCCCCGCCUCCUACUCUUGUUCCUUCCCUGUCCGUCUCGAUCGUGGCCAAGCUGGCAGCCAUCCAGGACGACCCCGAGGUGUCUCCACAGGACAAGCUACUUGCACAGCAGCAACUCGAGUGGAUGUCUGAUCUAGAUAACCAGGAGCCCAAGAUUCUUCAGGAAUCCCUUGGAGAACCACCAAUCGAGGUGUACCGACGCCCAACACACCCAGGAUUGAUACCCAGGCUCCAAGGACCUUUCAGUUUUGACAUGGACCCAAACGAAGACGAACAGGAUGACCUUGAUAUGGAGCUCUCCGAUAUCUACGUCAUUGGCCAGAAAAUGGAGACCGACGAUCUAAUGCUGGGAGAGGAUGAGGUCUUGGAACUUGACGAAAAUGAACAGGAGGGCCUGUCAUUGACGGUGAUUUGUCUUCUAUCUACAAGUGGACAAGUCAGAAUCUGUCUGGAUCUGAAUGGUGUCGAGGCAAAGUGGCUGCCACCCCGUGUCAAAUCGAAAGCCAGCGUGCUCACUGACGUCGACGGCUUGCCCUCGCUGCUGACAUACGAGACGCUGGACGUCCUUGCGUUGUCUGAGGUGACGCCUGAGUGCUGGCCCGUCUUCAGCGACGAUGCGACUUCUCGGUACUCCUUUUUCAUCACGCACAACUCCGGUAUUACUAAUGUGUCUUUGUCUCCGUGGGUGUUCCGGCUCGAAAGCGAGUUGAACGCGGAGUCAGAGGCUGGGUCGGAUUUCAGAAUCGGCUUGAUUGCAAGCGGAAAAUCGGCCUUCGCAAGAAUCUACGUCGAGCGGCCGCCCGGCAACUCCCUGGCUGCUUGUGUCGCCAUCCGCGACCCCGACCUUGGCUAUUUCGUUCUUUCAGCCACGCCCUCUGAUCCGCUAGCCCUACAACUCGAAACGCCUGGAGAUGAACUCCCACCGAUCAAAUCGUCAUCUUCCCCUACGCCGUUCUACGAGCCCACGCCAGAGCAGAAAGUCCCAAUGGAGAUGUUCACACCACGACCUGCCUACCAGCCCUCUGCAGUCUUUGACCAAUCAUCAAACUUGCAUAAGAUGCAGCAACUGCUGAUGACAAGCAGGCAUGUCGCCCUGAUGCAGCAGCAAAUCCGCCUGUCGCCAGCUACGCUCAAGGUGUUCUCCAACGCGCAUCAAAUCAUCAGCACGGAGUCUGGGCGUCUUAAUGAGGCAGUCUCAGAGCUGUUCCGCAGAUGCGAUGCUUUGCGGACGGAGCUGAAGGACCAGAUUGUCAAGGCCAAUGAGCUAAAGAGUAGGAUCGACAGGGUCACGGGCGGAGACGAGGGAACAGAGUCGGACGAUACACGCCUCACUCGGGCUGUGUUUGCGCGACGAAAGAAACAGGAAGAGCUGAUGCAGAGGUUCGAGAACCUGAGGAGGAAGAUCCAGCAGAAGACGCCCCGCGAACUCAGUGACAAGGAAAAGGCGUGGGUAGAGGAGGUCAAGACAGUCGAGCAGAGUCUGUCGGAGUCUGGCGAAAGCGACAUGGGGGCAAUAGUGGUUGCCGGUGCGCCCAAGUCACAACGACCAGUGGAUCGUAUCCAGGAGAUCAGGAGCCUCAAGGACGAGCUGGCAGGGCAGGUGGCAGGCUUGGAGGGCAAGGAGAGGGCAGGUGAUGGUAAUUCGGAGAGUAGCCCAGCGUCUUCUGUAGUGAGCCUCAGGAUACCCUCUGAGCUCAGGAAGGCCAAGGUAUCCCAGGUCAGAAGUCUCUUGGACAGGGAGACUGCUCUUGUAGAUGCCCUACAAGAUAGGUUGGAGAGGUUGACGGUUGGGUGA